AUGUCUUUUGAUGGUGAUGUGACGAGGACGCUCGUGCCGGCUACGUUCUCCGACUCAAAUGCGCCCGUGAUGAGCAUUGGGUCUUUACCUUUUGGAUCGGAUAGACCACGGCCGAGUCGGAUAGACUUUGGACGGGCGGGCCAUCUGCAAAACUCUUGGGCAGUGGGAUCGUCUCUGGAUCUGCUCCUCCAAGGUCAGUCCUCUCUGAAUCGAUACGUUGUUAUGGGUGCUAAUGGUUAUUCAAUGAAGGCGUCAUCCUUGCCCAGACGUAUCAUUACUUUGUUCAUCAUUCGGCGACUGACCGAAAACGCCUUCGUGCCCUU